AUGGACGCAUCGACACAAUCAGCGGCCUCUGAGCCCGUGGUGAUGUUCAAGCGCAAGCGCGGCCCACCCUCUCGAGCUGCACCUGCCGCCACUGCGAGCCCCUCGACUCCUUUAUCCAGCGCAGCGCCAGGGCCGUCUCGUGCAUCCCAGGCGGUGCUGAACACCAGCUCUAGCGACUCGGACAGCGAUGCUGAUUCGGACGACGAGGUGCGAUCACGGUCCGCCGUAGUCACCAAGAAGAAGCGCACCAACCACAAUCCGCUCGUCCAGUCCACCGGCGCCGUACGCAAGCAACCGCGCCCCGACACCGCCCCUGACUCGGAAGACGACAUCUACCCUCCCCCUUCUGCACCAGCCAGCACAGCAGCCACGAGUAUACAGAAGGUCAGAGACUAUGCAACACGCCAUAGCAACUGGGACCUCGACGCUACACCGACCGAUGCGGGGGAGUCGGCGAGCAAUGCGGAUGGGCUGUAUCGGGGUUCGAAGGGGUAUGCGUCGUACAUUGCUGCGCGGGAUGACGGCAAGUCGUCCAAGAUGCGCUCGCGCGGACCCAUACGACAAACCACCACUGUACGAACAACCUCGCUGAUGGACUACCAACCCGAUGUGUGUAAGGACUACAAGGAGACUGGAUACUGCGGCUUCGGCGAUACGUGCAAGUUCCUCCACGACAGAUCGGAUUAUCUUGCCGGCUGGCAACUCGACUUACCAAACUCCACCGCCCGCACAAGGGAAGAUGUGCUACUUUCCGAUCCAGAGGAGGAGGAAGAGGUGCCGUUUGCAUGUCUGAUCUGCAGACAGGCGUUUACUGCGCCGGUGGUGACAAAGUGCGGCCACUACUUUUGUGAGGCGUGCGCGCUGGGCAGGUUUGCAAAGACGUCCAAGUGCUUUGCGUGCGGUGCGCAGACGGGCGGGUUGUUCAAUGCGGCGACAAAGGUGCUCGAGCGCAUGAACAAGACCAAGGCCGCCAAACUGCACACGAAAAACAGCUGGAAACAGCUCGAUGUAGACUAG